AUGCGCAUCUGUGACAUAGAGAGGGUCAGGGAAGGAGGGGGAAGAAGAAGGGGAAAACCUAGGGCAAUGGCGAUGGCAGCGGCGAGGAGGUUGUCCUCUUCCAUCAUCCCCCCUUAUUCCCGGUUCCUCGCCCGAGGGGCUGCGUCCGUUGCGUCGCCAUCCGUCGUCGUCUCCUCAGGCGGUUCCAAGGUCGCCGAUCGGAUCGUGAAGCUCUUUGCCAUCGACCUCGAGGGGAGGAAAAGGGAGGUCGUGGGGCUUACAGGGCAGACGCUCCUCAAGGCGCUGGCCAACGCAGGGCUGAUCGAUCCGGAUUCCCACCGUCUGGAGGACAUAGACGCGUGCUCUGCGGAGUGCGAGGUGAGCAUCGCAGAAGAAUGGCUGGAGAAGCUCCCGGCGCCGUCGUACGAGGAGACCUACGUGCUGACGAGGAACUCCAGAUCUAGGGUCCUGAACAAGCACUCGAGGCUUGGGUGCCAGGUAGUCCUGACUCCGGAGCUCCAAGGUAUGGUCGUCGCCAUCCCCGAACCCAAACCUUGGGACAUCCCGUGA